AUGCCUAUUCGAACUACGGUUGAGGCCAAUAUAACUGGUGCUUUUAGCGAUAUAUUUGAAUCUCCUCCUUCUACCGCUGUAAAAUGGGUGCUUAAGACAGCGACAAUCGGAGUUUACAUUCUAUUACAUACAAUUGCAAGUUCCCUAGGAUGGAUAUUUGAGAAUACAAUCCGCUCUUCAUUUGUAGAUAAUGUUAUAGUGGUAUCUUUAAGGUUGUUAACUAUUGUACCUGUUGUUGGUUCACCAUUAUCACACCGAUUAACUGGAGCACUUUCAUUUGUAAAGUUUAAGAUAAUACCAUUCUUAGACAAUGCUAUGAGUGUAAUUGAAUAUUCAUUUUAUGUGAAAAUGAUUAAUGAUACAGUUUUGAAUGAUAAGGUGAAGAUGGUUGUGACAGGGGAUCCGUUUACAUUAAAUUACGUUGACGAUGUUCCACAGACGACGUUGAUCUUGUCUAACCACAGAUCAAUAAUCGAUUACAUUGUGAUUAGUAAACUUAUACUUGAGACCAAGGAGAAUAUUCCAGACUACAAGACUCUUAUGCACUCUAUAUGCAAGAAUAGCGCUACUAUAAACCCACCACCAAUUAGGUUUAUUUCAUGGGGUUCAGUUUCAAGCUUCCCAACAUUGAAAUUACUAUUUAAUAUUUGGGCCAAGGAUGAGAAUUGUUUCACUUCAACAUCCAAGAUACACAGUAACCUAUCAAGACAUGGAAACAGUCCGUUGGUUAUAUUCCCCGAGGUAAAUUCAAUUACUCCAGAGUUAGUUAUGAUUCAGCAGAAAUUGUUAAAGAACAAAUAUGAAGAUACCCCUUCGUUAAAGCAAGUUCUAUAUCCGAGAUAUAAACAAUUGAAUGCUGCAAUCAAGGACUUGGCAUCUUGGAAGAAGGUGAAGAAAAGACAUGGGUUAAUGGAGCACGUUGUGGAUAAAGUUGACAAAUGGAUACACGACGAUAAAGGAAACGAGCAGGACUUCGUGGAAUUGGAAAGUUUGUUAAAUACCCAGGAAGGUGCCAUCACUGCAAAUAAACCUCAUUUUACAGAACGUAUCAUGGUGAAUGAAUACGUGUACAAUCUCACGAUCGUAUACUAUCAACCAGUUGUGAAGCAAAAUGACCCAACACACAUAUUUGAACACAAUCAUCCAACGGGUGUAAGAGAUCCCCACUUCCAAUUGGAACACAUCACACCUUCUUUAUGGGAUAUGUACAAGUCUGCUUACGGUGACCGGCCCAUUAUAAUUAAGGUUCACGUACAAAGAUCGCGGACAGACCCAUUAUUGCAUAUGAAAUCUCGCCAUUUGGAAAAAUGGUUGGAAAACAGCUGGUGUGACAAGGAUAAGCUAAUUACUGUCAUGGAGAACUCAGUCAAGGUAGAAUAA